AUGGCAGCCAACUCGUGCAGAGCAAAAUUCCAAAAUAAAAAAUGUGCAAUGAUUUCAGCUCAUUAUGGAUUAAGUGAUGUGUUUGACAACCUUAUAAUUUCACUGUGCAAGUUUACAGCUCUUAGCAGUGAGACUGUGGAAAAUCUUCCAAAUGUUUUUGGUAGCAAUUCAAAGGCUCAACUUGCAGCCAAGACGGUGUUUAAUUUGUCUCAUCGUCAUGGUGACAUUCUUCGAGAGGGAUGGAAGAACAUUGUGGAUGCAAUGCUGCAACUUUUCCGUGCUGAGCUAUUGCCCAAAGCCAUGGUGGAGGUUGAAGACUUUGUUGAACCCAAUGGGAAAAUCUCUCUCCAGCGUGAAGAAACCCCCUCAAAUCGCGGAGAGUCCACAGUCCUUAGCUUUGUUAGUUGGCUUACAUUAAGUGGUAAUGAGCAAUCCAGCCUAAGGGGACCAUCUAUAGAGAAUGAAGAGGCCAAACAAGCAGCACUGGAAUGCAUUAAGCAAUGUGACCCUGAAAAGUUGAUUACGGAGAGUAAAUUUCUUCAGCUCGAGUCUCUUCAAGAAUUGAUGAAGGCUCUCAUUUCUGUGACACCGGAUGAGGAGACCUAUGAUGAAGAAGACGCUGCAUUUUGCUUAGAGAUGCUGCUGAGGAUAGUGCUGGAAAACAGAGAUCGUGUUUCCUUUGUCUGGCAAACUGUACGAGAUCACCUCUACCAUUUGACUGUUCAUGCCACAGAGCAAUGCUUUCUUGUUGAAAGAGCAGUUGUUGGUCUUCUCCGCCUGGCAAUACGGUUACUGCGCAGAGAGGAGAUCAGUCCACAGGUGUUGCUGUCCUUGCGAGUUCUCCUCAUGAUGAAGCCAACUGUCUUGUCAAGAGUGAGCCGACAAAUUGCAUAUGGCCUACACGAGCUGUUGAAGACCAAUGCUGCUAAUAUUCACUCUAGUGAUGAUUGGUGCACCUUGUUUACUCUCUUGGAGUGCAUUGGAGCAGGAGUCAAACCUCCACCUGCUCUACAGAUAACGUCGGGAGUCGAUAGCCAUGACGCAGGUGCACAAUCUGAUAGUGAAAUUGUAUCUUACCAUGCCAACGAAGUUAGUUCAGAUCGUGGCUACACUUCAGACUCUGAAGUCUACACCGAACAUGGCAAGCAGACUAAGGUACACCGCUCUGCCACUGAUGUUGACAUUGCCAGCAGUGGCUGGCUGGUGGUGGGGAAAGAUGAUUUAGAUCUCAGCAAACCUUGCCAAGGUACAAAACAGGCUCCUUCUUCUCCUCUGGUCAAUCAGUACAGCCUCACCCUUGGGCAGGAUAUGGGCUCACAUGACACAAAGUCACUUAUCAAGUGUGUGGAAUCACUGUCGUUUAUUGUGAGGGAUGCUGCUCAUGUGACGCCAGAAAACUUUGAACUGUGUGUAAAAACGAUUCGCAUCUUUGUAGAAGCAAAUCUCAAUGGUGGUUAUAAAACACAUGAAAGGAAAUCUAAAACGUACAAGUUUGACAAAUCCAAUCGUUUGAAGAAGAAACAAAAGGAGAAGGAGAGUUCCAUGAAACGCUCAAAGACUUUUAACCAUCGCCCAUCACGAUCACAUAGUGAUGAUGAUGAGGAUGACAGUGUACCAGCAAGUUAUCACACUGUGUCAUUACAGCUUCUGGAUUUGAUGCACACACUCCACACUCGGGCUGCCAGUAUUUAUAGCUCAUGGGCUGAGGAACAACGCCACUUGGAGGCAGCAGGAAGGAAAAUUGAAGCUGAUGCCAAAACCUUAUGGUCUAAUUGCUGGUGUCCACUGUUGCAAGGCAUUGCUUGGCUUUGCUGUGAUGCCAGACGUCAAGUCAGAAUGCAGGCACUUACUUACCUACAAAGAGCCCUGUUAGUGCAUGACCUACAAACAUUGGAUGCUUUGGAAUGGGAAUCCUGCUUUAACAAGGUGUUAUUCCCACUAUUGACCAAGCUGUUAGAGAAUAUCAGUCCAGCUGAUGUUGGUGGAAUGGAAGAGACCAGAAUGAGAGCUUCAACUCUGCUUUGCAAAGUUUUCCUCCAACACCUGUCUCCACUGUUGUCUCUACCAACAUUUGCUGCCCUUUGGUUAACGAUCCUGGAUUUCAUGGAUAAGUACAUGCAUGCAGGAUCCAGUGACUUAUUGUUGGAAGCCAUUCCAGAAUCACUGAAGAACAUGCUGCUGGUUAUGGAUACAGCUGGUAUCUUCCAUUGUGCAGAUUCAAGGACUGGUUAUUCUCAGCUUUGGGAGAUUACAUGGGAGAGAAUAGAUUGUUUCUUGCCUCAACUGAAGGAUGAACUCUUUAAACAAACUGUCAUUCAAGAUCCUAUCCUUGGCCCAGCAGCUGAGCCAUCAUCUUCAAAUCCAAUGCAACAGGUUAGCAGUGCACAAACAUCUAUCCUCCCAGGCUCAGAAGCAAAUCUACCUACCAGUCAAAUAACUACGUCUGAAAACCUUGCUGAGGCUAGUGCCAAAGAAACUGAAAAUGUACGAGUUGGAGGAACUCCCAGCCUUACACCAAUAACGACUCCAGUCUCUACACCAGUGAAGAUGAUUGUUGGGCCAGAGAAUAAUCAGUCACUGACCCAGUCUCCGUUAAUUCUGCAGCCUCUUACUUCCUCACUGCAAGUUGGUGUUCCUUCCAUGCCUUUGCCUAUUAUACUUAAUCCAGCUUUAAUAGAAGCUACAUCUCCUGUCCCACUGUUGUCCACCCCCUUACCUGCUGCCACCACCACUGCAUCUGAGGUGAACUAGAUUGGGCAAGAACCAAUUCUUUUACACAGGCUUUAGAAAAUACUCUGUGCUUUUUGCUCAUCCAGCCACUAUUUUAUCAGUGCACUGUUAUGAUAGUGACUUCUUUCUGUCCAUUUUUGUAUUACAGUUCACCUCCAUUUGAAAUCAACAAAUACUAGCUGGGUGUGUGAUCCUUAUUAACCUAGUUAUUUUGCAUUUGUCAAUAGCACUGCAGCUGCUCUUUACAAUUUCAGCUGUAGGAACCAUGUAAUUUUAAAUGUCCUGAAGAUGGGAAGUUGAGGAUGUUGAAGAACAUCUGUGGUACAUUGCAAUUUUUUUCAGUCUGCUUCAGUUACAGUUACCAAAUUACUCCACCAGAAUUAUUUGUCUUGGCUAUAAUGUACUGCCCCACCUCUCCCCACCACACAAUCACUGCAUUACAAAUCAGAAUAUGGACAUUAAACAUUGUUAAAUAUACUUUGAGUGCAGCUCAAUAUUUUAAACUAUGGUUCAAAAGAUAUGUUUUUGUUGUAGCCCCUUCUGUCACUUUGGCCUACCUGUUAACUAAUUUAAUGGUACAGCAGGACUCUGAUUAAAAGAAUGGUAAUACAGAGAAAAUUUAGUUGUAAUAAAAUGCAAGGUAUUUUUCAUGGAAAUCUGUAGUGAGGACAAUUAUUUAACCAAACUGUUUCUACUUGUAAAGUCCGUGGUCAUCUUAGCACCAUGUAGUGUAGCUUGCUUCCUUUUCCAAGGCAUGGACUACAUUUUCUGUCUCACCACCUCUUCUAACCUCUGUUACCUUUCAAUUAGCACUGUUAUUAAUCAUUUGGCCUGUACUGAAUUUUCUAGUUUUAUUUAUAAUGUCAAACAUUUUCUACACUGCACACUAACUCUCAACAAAUGUGAUCUGGUUUGGAAUUUUAAAAAAAUAUUAACAAUGUAAACAUAGAAUUCUGCAGUAAAGAUUAACUUGUACCACUUCUUAGUUUCGUAGACUUCUAACUAUUAUAAAAUGCUAGUGGACAUAUUGAGUUCUGCUUUAUAUUCUUGUCCCCAGAUCUUUUACCAUGCUGAUACCCAAGAUUAGUCAUAAAUGACCUACCAUUGUUUACUAUAGGCAUGAAAGGCCAAAGCUUGUGUAAUUUGAGACCAACAAUCUGUAUUUAAAAGUAGUUAUGUUACUUUGUUCCAGAUUUUGUACAUUUCAGUCUGAUUUUAAUUUAAUGGUAAUGUGUGGAAAAUGUCAGCAGGAUCUUCUAUGCAUCUGCAAACUUUCGUGAUCUGUUCCACUGUACUGUAAGGUUGGUUAAGAACAUAAACACAUAAUAAAGGUAAUGUAUAUAAUAAAGAAUGGUUAAAAACAAGAUUUAAAUGUACUUUUUACAGAGUAAUAAAUAUCAUAUAUGAAGGAAA